CUUUCUCUGUCCUGCCUUCCAGUUUCCACCUCAUUCCCAUACAGAAUAAUGCUGAGAGAUGAUGGAGGAACAGGGUUGCGGUUCUGACAGGCAAGCAAAAUUAAUUGUUGCUGGUAAACUAAAAAGCUGUACCGACUAAAAUUUACUAACUUUUAGUCGCUUGUAGAGAGAUAAGGUUUUAUAACAUGGCGGCUGAUAAGUUACAACAGAAACCGGUUACUGGUGGUAAAGCUAGCUAAUCUGCUGCGAUGGGAACAAAAAUAAUGAGCUAAUGGGGUCAGCUUUCUGUUUAAAACAAAACUAAUUGUCAGUGUCAGCUUACACUGACUUGCCACUUCUCUCUCUGUUUUUACUUUAUCGUGUUAGUUUUCAGUUCAUGUUUAUGUCUUCAUAUUUGUCUGUUUUUGUCACCUGUCUGCUCUGUUCAGCAUGAAGACUGGGGGAAAAGGACAAGAUGCAUGAGGCCUUUGGGUCCUGCUAGACAAACUUAUGGAGCCUGACGUGAUGCCCCCACCUUCUUACUCCCCCCCUCCGCUGGAUGAUGACGGUGAUGACGGAGUGGGGUCAGAGGAGGAUGAGUUUGGGAAUUUCUCUAUAGGGGGCGUUUGCUCUCCCCUCGGUCAUGCCGACUUCACAGAGUCAGCAACUCAUCAGUUGGAUGGUCACCUGGUUGAACAAAUGCAACGCACUCCAUCUGUGGAAACUGGGAACCGCAAUCCUGAAUCUUUGCACUACUCGAAUGGACAGGCUGGAGAAGACCUACAGUCCGGAGCCCAGGGCUCUUCUGUGGAGGACACAGAGUUUGCUGAUUUCGCUAUGUUCACAGAGCAGGCAGGACACCCCUGGUGCUGUGGCUUCACGGAGCAGUGGGAUAGCAAAGUGGAUGAACGCGAACGUGUUUCCGGGCAGGAGGUUGUCAUGGAGUCUGAGCCUAGAUCCCAGCACGCCUGCAAGGCAAAUGGAGGUAUCUGCGUUGAGGGCGAACACUGUGAGAAAAGAGAUGCAGCACUUGUGCAACCACCUCAGGUCCACAGUCAGCCUCAGGGAGACGAAGGAAAUGCUUUUUUGGGAUCAGCUGAGGAAAGGCAAAACGUUGUUGGGAAAACUCCAGAGCCUGCUUCCGACAGGGUGUCCUGUCAUGACGAUUGGUCGUCAGAGGAACCAAAUGUUUCAUCCCUUACAUCUCAGCAUGGCCAGUCUGCUUGGAACCAGACUGAUGAUGAGGUGGAAGACUGUGGAUAUUCUGACGCUGUUGUCAGCAGCACUGUGAAGAACCUCGGCCCAUCUGAGUUGAAGAUCAAUGCGCCUCACUGUGAUGCCACUCAGGAAACCUCGGCUACCUCCUGCCCAGAGAAACAUACAUACUUCACCGAUGUUAAUGCCUUGCGUCACAGGGAACCCGCUGAGACAGCUGACACGGGAGUAGAGAGUCUGGGAACCCUACCACCCAGUGACAGCUUUGCCGAUUUCUGCUUGGCGCCCACGCAGGACGAUGAAGAGGGACCAAUGUGGGCGGACUUCACAAACCAGAGCGGACCGACAGAGGGAAGAUCGUCGACACAGCGCAGUGAGCUGGUCGAUGGACAAGAUGGAGUAACAAGAAUGAAUAGCUGUCAGCGGCUCCUCCAGUCCAGCUUCCCAGAGGUCUGUGUCCCUGCUGUGGAAGGUGAGGAGGACCUGUCCAACCUCAGUGCUUUACUUCACAUCCAGCAGCCUCCAGAGACGGAGGAGAAGAGCCCAGAACUCAGCCGUUCUCUGAGGAUUCAGCAGCUGAUGUUCAGCCCACCUGAGGACAUGCACUGCUCACUUGGUCUCCAGUUUAAGUGGGGAGGUUCUCACAGUAACACAACACUGCUCAGGUGCCUUGGUGUGGACACUAGGAACAUUGUUUUUAUUGGCACGAAGAAGCAGGCGGUGACUGUGCCAGCGUAUGCCUCUUCCCUGGGAAUGCUGGACCCCACCAAAGACCCUUCGCCGGCUGUGUGCUCUCCAGGAUGCACGGCCGUCGCGGCAACCUCAGGGCCCCCGGAAAAGCAGAAACCCUCGACUCAUUUGCCGCAGGAGCUUCCUUCGAACCAGCCGGACGGGAGCUGUAGAAGCCUUCGCAGCUCCCAGGAGGUCUGUUCCUCAUUCAACCUUGAUUAUUUUGGGUCUGAGGAUGAGAGCAGAUCCAGUGGCAGCAGCCGAGCCAGCAGUCCUCCUCCAGGUGUCGACCGUGAGCUGUAUGAAUUAAUCAUAAGCAAACUGGAAAUCGACAAUAAAACCAGUCAGACAGAAGACACUCUGAACCGCCUGAUGUCCGCAGCAGGGAGCACGAGCAUUUCCGCCAGGAAGCCUUCAGCCCAAGAAGAGCUGAGCGGAGAAGCUGGCAGAAUGAUUUCUGAACUUCCUGACUUGUCCUUCAUGCAGGCCAAAGUUCUGAUGUUCCCUGUCUUUCUUGCACCCGAAGCUCACAGUUCCCCAAAACUACUUUAGUAUUCUUACUCAUACUCAGCAGCCACUGACAACUCACUUGUUCGAAAAGACAAAUAAAGAACAAAAUAUACGUGUGUGUACAGCACAUGAGCUGAUGUAGAUUUUAAGAAGUGCAAUCUGAGAUGCCCCCUACUGGCCUAAUGUGUUUGGUCAAGGAUCGUCAUGUUUGGAUCAAACUAUGCCACCUGCUGGCUAUUUAAUGUAUCUUAUUCAAAUGGAAGGCAAUCAAAACUAUUAACUAUUAAAACUUAAGCAGAUAUACAGCUGAAUUACGGUGUAUCCAAGUAGUACUGUCUUAAGGUUCAGUCUUUGGAUUUUAUUGUGGUAUUAACCGACAUGUAUUUGCUUGAGGUAUUGUAUAAUGUUGUAUUCUUUGAAUAUUUUGAGUAGGCAUAUGUUUAUUUUAAAUAAAAAUGUGUCAGACUAAA